ACUCUUCAAACAGUUGUUGUAUUUUUAUAAUUCUUAGCGAUCUGGGAUUAAAAUAAAAAAUUUAUUAAUGCGUAAACUGUUGCAUACUGGAAAUUUUUUGCUAGUCUUUGCAAAUCAAUUGCGAUUUACAAAAGUUUAAAAAUUUGAUAUGAAUUUCAAGCUAGUUUUACAACGUAUAAUUUACAGCGAAGGGAUGAAUCCACUCAAACUUUCUGUUAUUUUUUCUUUAACAUUCAUAUUUUUUGUUGAUGGUAUGACAAUGACAACUGUUUUCUCUUACUUACCAAAACUUGUAAAGUCGUUUGGAGCAUCUGAAGUUCAAGCAGGUAGAGACGCUGGUUUAAUUGCUUCAUCAUUGUUUUUAUCAAGAAUUUUUAGCAGUCUCAGCAUGCAUUGAGCAUGGUCUUGGAGUACUAAUAUCAAACACUCUCAAAGCCAAAGUACAAGCAGAAGCAGGGGUGUGUUUCCAAUGAGUUAACAACCGGCUCGCUGAAAAACACACACAAAAAAAAACAACUACAUUUUAAUUAUAUUGAAAUAAGAUUGUACAUAUGUAUUAAUACAAGAAUAUACAUAAUGUAAAAACUCCAUUUGCUCCA